GUGUCCACCCAUGUGGCUAAAUAGCAACAAAUCUAACAGGAAGGGAUCGAAACCGUCUACGAGGGAUAGCACUCCAUUGGAAGCUGGAAAGACUACAAAACUACUCGGUCCGGGCGUACGUGAUAAAACUGGUAAGAUAACAGAAUUCUCUUCAGCGGAUGACAAAUGUCCAGUUUGUUCAUCAGACCGUUAUCUUAACCCUUCUCUACGGUUACUAGUCUCUCCAUGCUAUCACAAAAUGUGCGAGAGUUGUAUAGAUAGGUUGUUUACGUUAGGUCCUGAACCGUGUCCGAUUUGUGGUAAAAUAACACGUAAAACUGCAUUCGUAGCUCAAACUUUUGAAGACCUUGGUGUAGAAAAGGAAGUCGCCGUCAGAAGGCGUGUAGCUAAGGCAUAUAACUUGACGAGCGAUGAUUUCAGUGAUUUACGCAGUUAUAAUGAUUAUUUGGAAGAAGUCGAAGAUAUAGCUUAUAAUCUGAUAAAUAAUAUUGAUAUACCAAACACAGAAGCUAAAAUACGUUCACAUCAGGCUAAGCAUGCAUCAUCAAUCAUAUCAAAUUCAGCCAAGGAGAUUGCAGAAGCUGAGGCUGUCAAAGCGGAAGAAGAGCGUGAGAAAAAGGAACGUGAAGCUCGAGCGAAAGAGGCUAGGAGGGAGCUAGAGCAGGAAAUGUUUGAAAAAGACCAAGAUAAGGAGGUCUUACUGAGGGAGCUUGAACAUUCUUCGAAAUCAGCUGAAAGGGUGAUGGCACAACAGCGGUCGAAAGCUUUAAAAAGGUCAUCAGCACGCACUACCAAUCAAAACAAGCCGUUAUCACUACCCGCGAAUGCCUUCCCACCUGAUAAUCCCAUGCCCUUCACUACAGAAGACGUAUGGGAUCCACUUUACGAUGAAGACACAUAUGAUGACUACAGCAACCUAUAUAAGAUAGUACCAAACGUCUAUGCUGACGGUUUCAAAGGUGCCGAAACAGUUGUUGGAGGUGACGACAUAGCAAAAGCAGGCGGAUGGACGAGAAAUCAAGCAUGGGAACGAGCGAUACGAGAGGGUGUCUCUGAAUGGGCAUUGUAAAAUUAUUGGCAUAUAUUUAUAUUCAUAUUCUUCCUU